AUGGGUAAUAUAGAGAGUGUCUGGUCUCGACAUUCGGCAUCAAAACGAACAUCUUUGAAAUCCAUCACUCCUUUAUACGAAGCAUGUCGUGAUGGUGAUGAAGAACGAGUUCGAAAUCUUUUACCAAACUAUUCUCAUGCUGAUUUAAAUCGACAAGAAUUUCCAUACGGUGGAAAUACAUGUUUACAUGUUGCUGCUGCAAAUGGUCAUGAUAAUAUUGUCAAACUUUUACUUAAACAAGGUUCUUAUCGAUCAUCACUUCUUAAUUCACAAAAUCAAAGUGCUUAUGAUAUGGCGUCAUUAGCUAAAGAAUCUACGCGUUUAUCAUUUCUUCGUCAAAAUAAAACUGAUUUAUCAUCAACAUGUUCUUCACGAUUUUUUGAACAAAAUGCAUCAGACAGUUUUGAUGUAAUGAAAGUUGAAGAUAACGAAGAUGAUGAUGAUGGUGAUAACGAUGAUCGUGAUAAAAAACCAACAUCAGUUGUUGCAAAAUUACCUGCUAUACAAACAUACAAAACUGAAGAAGAAAAAAAACAUGAAAUCGAGUAUUCUGCAAGUUCAAAAGCAAUGUGUCAAUCACGUUUUGGUCGUUUUUGUGUUAAUCAUUUUCAUUCUGAUGAACCAUUAGACCAUCAGGCCAUACUUAAACAUUUGAAUAAUUUACUAACAGAAGUUGAUAUAGAUGAUGCUGAUGAUUAUGUUAAAAUACAUGAUUUAGUAAAAGAAUAUGAAAAAAGUGAUGAUGCAAUCGAACAAUUACUUCAUUUGUAUACACUUGAAACAAACUUUUAUCGAGUGUUAAAAAAAGAUUGUUUACCAUUAGCUAUACCAUUAUUUAUACAUUUACCAAAGUUAAAGGAACGAUUUUUUAGAGGACGUGUUUAUCGUGGUAUGCAUAUGACAUAUGAGGAAUUAUUAAUGUAUCAAAGAGCUAUGGAAAUUCCAGGAACGGUUUUACAAACACGUUCAUUUUCUUCAACAUCUAUGAAUCGUACUAUUGCUGAAGAAUUUGCGUAUGUAAAAGCGAAAAAUAAUGAAAAGAAAUUCGGUGUUUUAUUAAUAUUCGAUUUUCCUGAUAUAUGUGAUCAAGCUAUUAAUCUUGCAAGAGUAUCAAUGGAUAAACCAUGUUUAAGUGAAUAUGAAGAUGAACAAGAAGUACUUAUUUUACCAUGGACUUUAUUUGAAGUAAAACGUAUAAAAAAAGCAACUGAUGAAGAUGACUUAUCUAUGAUAUAUUUAACUAAUAUUGUGAUACCAAAAAAAAAUCUUAUCUCAACAUUUAAAUGGACUUGGACGGAAUUUAAAAAAAAACUCAUCAAAGAAAAAAGAUUACAAUUUGACUGUGCAUUUCAGAAAUAUAAAGUAUCAAUGACUAAAAAUCAAUAA